AUGAACUCGGCGGCUUUCGACCAAUCCCUUCCAACCCCGAUCCAUCCGCUGCAAGCACUAAGCGAGGCGACACCUGGGGAUGCAGCAUGCGACAAUAUAUAUUAUUGUCGUACGCUCUCGAAUAUUAUUUGGAGUUGUGUCGCAACCAUCUUCGCCUGCACCUGGGUGGCCAUCCAUCCGAAUAUCCCGGCGCUUGACAAGCCAUGGUAUGAAAAGCUUGGUCGGCGCAUAGCGACGACUGCCGUUGCCAUUAUCGCUCCUGAGCUUGUGGUUACAUGGGCAGCUAAGCAGUGGCUUACGUCAAGGCGGUUAGCAAAACAAUACCACGAAAGUCAUGGAUGGACUUGGACGCAUGGAUUCUUUUCUGUCAUGGCCUCUGGGAGCGAGUUAGCCUCCGAGAGCGAGUCAGUGAGCGAAUUCCGAGCUCACACGUGUAGAUCACCCGAACUUGGUGUUGCCGCUCUUCCCUUCCCAGACAUAACUGAGAGAGAAAUCCAGGACAAGAGCAAAGGUGAUUGGAUUUCGAAAGGGCUGGCUAUCCUCCAAACGACGUGGUUCAUUCUUCAAUGUAUCACACGAAAGGCCCAAGGACUACCAGUCACCCAACUCGAGCUAGCCACUUGCGCCUUUGCUGUCCUUAACGCGUUCACCUAUGGGCUCUGGUGGAAUAAGCCGCAGUCCGUGGAUUGCCCUGUAUCGAGUCAGUGCCUCGCAAUGGACACACCGGCAACAUUCCAAUUGCCCAGUCCAACGGAAAGCGGUGUGUCAUCACCUCCUCGAAGUUCAUCCAAGCCAGACUUAGGGAAAGUGGAUCACUGUUUGUUCGCUCUAUACUCUCACAUUGUUGCACUCAACGACUAUGCUUGGUAUUUCUGGGAGGAUAACUUCGAGGACUAUGAGGUCACGCAGAAUAUUUUAUUUUUUACCCUUCUCCCCUUGAGUCCUUUCGUUGACAUGAUGAUGGGUGGAGAGGUUGGCGUAGGCGAGAAAGAGGUCGGAGCAUAUUACUGUGGUGACCUGCAAGACGACGGUGACAAAUUCAUCCUUACCGCGGUCACGACCACCUGUGCAACAGUAUUCGGGGCCAUCCACUGCAUUGCAUGGGCUUAUGCAUUCCAGUCCAAUGUGGAGCAAAUUUUGUGGAGAGGUUGUUCACUGGCCAUAACUUGCCUACCGGUGCCAGAGGGGGCACUACUACUUGCUGGGAUGACAGAUCAUAUCCCAGAUUCCCUUAAGGGCUUUGCCACAGCACUCCUGGCACUGCUGAUCCCCUUUUACAUAUUUGCUAGGAUUACUCUGCUUGUCCUGGCUUUCCUCUCCCUCACGUCUCUCCCCGCUGGUGCAUACCAUACCGUCGCCUGGACGAACUUCAUUCCCCAUAUAUGA